AUGACUCUCGAUUGUUGUAGACUAAACUUUGGGGACGAAGCUUUGGUACUUGCUACAAAUGCGCUAAUGGCUCAGAAGAUCAAUGCCGGAGAGAGAAGUUCGAUUACAAGAGGCAGAACAGAAAAUCUUCGUAGACGGAAAGUGGUUAUCUUCCAUCUUGGCGACGUGUCCAGCUUAGUAGAAUUGUAUCCUCAUACUUCAAUACUAGCUGAUACCUACUUGUUCGAUAACAUUAAUAUUGGUCACAUAGAUCAGUACAUAUUUAGGAUUGCAAGGAGACAGCGCUGGUGGAAACGUUCGAGAAAUCCGGAUAUUGACG